AUGUUGAAGAUGAGCGGGUGGCAGCGACAGAGCCAAAAUAACAGCCGGAACCUGAGGAGAGAGUGUUCCAGAAGGAAGUGCAUCUUCAUACACCACCACACCUGAAAGCAGAAACCGGUCCAAUUACAGUCAUGGCAGCUGAGUCUCUGCCUUUCGCCUUUGAGACAGUGUCCAGCUGGGAGCUGGAAGCCUGGUAUGAGGAUCUGCAGGAGGUCCUGUCCUCAGAUGAAAUUGGGGGCACCUAUAUCUCAUCCCCAGGAAACGAAGAGG